AUGCGCGUUAAAAAGAAGGUCUUGAAAAAACAAGAUUUGAAUGCCGUAGUCGUUCUCGAAGACAUCUUUUCUGACUUCACUAACUGUCACGAGAAAUGUCGCUUGUGUUUCAAAGAAGUUGCUGAGCGAAAUUCAAGAAUACAAAUCACAGAUGAAAUUCAGAACAAAAUUCAUUCCGUCCUGCAAAUUCACUUGUCAUUGGAUGGAAUGGGCUCAGAAUUCAUAUGUUCAAAAUGUGAAAACAAUCUAAAUGUUUCCCAUCAGUUUACGUUCAAAAUAAAUGAGAAAUUGAAGUGUUAUGAGAAGUUUAGUAGCAAAAAAGUUGAAUAUUCCGAUGAUGAUGAUGAACUACCAGUCCCAUUUCAGGAGAAUUUCAUUAAGGUUGAAGACGACUUGAAUUUAUCAACAGAGAUGGAAUUGGUUUCACCAAUGAGUGAAAUCAAAGAAGAAAGCUCUGAAGAUGGAAGUCCAUGCAAAUCUGAAGAUGGGAAGAAUGAGGAGACAAUUGAACGUCAAAAGCAGGAUCAGUCAAAUCCUCAAUUCGUUCAAAGUUAUGUUGGUGGAAAAGUUUUAAAAAAUGGUGACACCUGCAAGCGACGUCGAUAUAUGAGACAUUUCAAAACUAAACUUCAGUGUGAUAUUUGUGGAAAAACAAUGAAAACAAAAUUCAACAUUUCUAAUCACAUGAACAUCCACAAAGAAUUUAGAACAAAAGAUUUUCAUUGUCAAAUUUGUGAAAGUUCCUUCUUUAAUAAAGGGUCACUUCGAAGCCAUAUAUCAAAGAACCAUGAAACCAAAGAAGGCUUUUAUAAUCAUAAGUUACGACCUCAUUGUUUACCUUGUGAGAUCUGUGGGAAAACGUUUACUAAGUAUACACUCAAAAAACAUCUGAAUGGAGUGCAUUUAAAUAUAAAACCAUAUCAGUGCGAUAUUUGUGGAAACAAAUUCUGUAAAGCAAGUCUUGCUAAACACAUAACUACGCAUAUUAGUUUGGAACACAGAUCAAAAGAUUUUCAUUGUCAAAUUUGCGGAAGGUCCUACUUUAAUAAAGAAUUACUUCGAAAACAUAUAUUAAAUGUUCAUGAAAAGCCAAAGCAUCUUUCCUGUUCAAUGUGUGGAAGAAGAUUUAGGAGCGAAGAAAGCUUAAAAAACCAUAAGUUACUUCCUCAUUUUUUAUCUUGUGAAUUGUGUGGAAAAAUGGUUAGAAAGAAAACACUUAAGCGACAUCUGAAGGGAGUUCAUUUCAAUAUAAAAAUCAAUGGAAAAUCAUAUCAGUGUGAUAUUUGUGGAAAGAAAUUCCGUAGACAAAAUUUUGUUCGUCACAUGAAUACACAUAUUCCAUCAGAACACAGGAGAAAAGAUAGGAAAUUUAAAACCAAAUUGAGUCCUACUCGACACAUUUUCAGUCAUUAA